GACACUUGUCAAGCUGAGCGAAGCAUGCAGCCCUCGCGGAGGCAACACUUGUCAAGCCAAGCGCGGCAUGCACGCCUUCCCAUGGCCGCUCUGAUCCCCUCCACUCCACCGCACCGCCACCACCACGCCGGAGUGCCGGAAUCCCCUUUCUCUUCUCCCCCCGCUGCUCCACCGCACGCCACUCUCGAGAAUCAAAACCUUCCCUCCCAUGCACCGCACGUGCGCGCGUUCGGCUGAUUGACUGGCCGGGAUCCGCCGGACUGCAGGCCAGAAGCAGACGCCGAUGCCGCGAUGCGGCGACGGGUGCGACGGCGCGGCGGACGCGAUGCUGCAGUGCCAGAAGGUGAGCGACUUCCUCAUCGCCGCCUCCUACCUCUCCAUCCCGCUCGAGCUGCUCUACUUCGCCUCCUGCGCCGACCUCGCGCCCGUCAAGUGGCUGCUGCUCCAGCUCGCCGCCUUCGCCGUGCUCGGCGGCGCCGUCCACCUGCUCGCCGUCCUCGGCCACCACCACCCGCACUCCUCCGGCCUCCUCCUCGCCUCCACCGCAGCCAAGCUCCUCGCCGCGCUCGUCUCCUUGGCCACCGCGCUCUCGCUCCUCACCUUCAUCCCGCGCCUCAUCCGCGCCAAGCUCCGCGAGGCCCUGCUCCGCGCCAAGGCGCGCCAGCUCGACCGCGACGUCGGCCUCAUCCGCCGCCGCGUCGAGGCCACCUCCCGCGUCGUCCGCAUGCUCUCCCGGCACAUCCGCGACUCCCCGCUGGAUCAUCACGCCAUCCUGCACACUACCAUGCUACACCUCGCCGACGCGCUUGCGCUCCACAGCUGUGCCGUCUGGGUGACCGUGUCCGGCGACGUCCUCCAGCUGGUACACAAGCUGAGCCUCAGAGACAAGGGCGCUGUCAUGCUGGGCUCGCAGGCCCCUAUCCCCGCCGACGACCCUGACGUGGUCGACGUAAUGUCCGUCGUGGCCGCGAAGGUGCUCCGGCCGGGAUCGGCGCUUGCAGCGGCGAGCGGCGGCGGCCUGCAUCCUCCGGGAGCCGUGGCUGCCAUACGGAUGCCCAUGCUCAAGGUCUCCAAUUUCGACGGUGGAAAGACACCGGAGGCGAGCUCGUACGCCAUCUUGGUGCUGGUUCUGGCCGACACGGGACGAUGGAGCAGCCAAGACCUCGAGAUCGUGGAGGUCGUCGCCGACCAGAUCGCCGUGGCACUCUCUCACGCGGCGGUGCUCGAGGAGUGGCAGUCGAUCCGGGACAGGCUCGCCGAUCAGCACAGGGCCGUGCUGCAUGCGAAGCACGAAGCGGCGACGGCGACCACGGGCAUCCACUCCGUCCAGAGCGCCAUGUGCGGGGCCAUGCAGAGGCAGAUGCACUCCGUCAUCGGGCUGCUCUCCAUGCUGCAGCACGCCGCCGCCGACGGCAUGCGGCCCGAGCAGAGGCUCGUCGUGGACGCCAUCGCCCGGACAAGCGCGCUCACGCUGGCGCUGGCGAACGACGCCGACGCGGGGACGCUGACGAGGAGCCGCGUGCCGUUCGGGCUCCACGCGCUGGUCAGGGAGGCCAUGGCCGUCGCGCGAUGCAUGUCCGGCUGCAGCGGCGUUGAAUUCUCGUACCACUCGGAGAAUUCCCUGCCUCUGCCCGAGUGGGUGGUCGGCGACGAGACGAGGGCGUUCCAUCUCCUGCUGCACGUGGUGGCCACUCUGCUAAAUCGCCGUCGCAAUGGCGCGGCGCCGGGCCGCCUCACGUUCUCCGUCGAGAGUUGCAAUGUGGACGAAGAGGAGAGGCAGAGCCGGGACUGGAUCCCGAUGCGACCAUCUGCAGGUUGCAGCGUACGCGUCAAGUUUCAGGCUGGGAUGGAAACGAAAUCUCCCCGUCGAUCGGCCAGCCCCGACAUGGGGCUUAGCUUCGGCAUGUGCAACAAGAUCGUGCAGGUGAUGAACGGCAGCAUGCGCUCGUCGGGAUCGGACGGAGGAAGCACCGUCACCGUCGUCCUGCAGUUCCAGGUGCAGCAGCCGGGCGCGCGCCGAUGGACGUCGACGCCGCCCGUCCCUCGCUUGGACGGCCUGAGGGUCCUGCUCGCGGACAGCGACGGCACGAGCCGGCAGGUGACCCGGAUGCUCCUGCAGAGGCUCGGGUGCCAGGUGAUGCCGGUGCCGUCGGGAGACCACUGCCUGCACCUGCUGGAGAGCGCCGGGCCGUGCUUCCAGCUGGUGCUCCUCGACCUCGACAAGCACGCCGCGACCACGUCGAUGGAGGACGUGCUCGAGGUGGCGCUCCGGAUCGGCGAGCUGGGGAACGGCGGCUGGCUGCUCGUGCUCGCCGCUCUCGCGGUCGGCGACGUGGACGACCGCGUCCGCGAGGUGUGCCAGCGCUCGGGGAUAAAUGGCGUCAUACAGAAGCCCAUCACGCUGGCGGCGCUCGGAGCUCAGCUCGCUGCAGCAGCCCUUCAGAAGAAUUAGGUGACGCUGAGGUGAGCUGAGGGAUGCACCACGAGUCCAUCACGAUGGCAAGUAGGUUUUGUAACUAGCACGGCUUAGCCGCCCCGGAUGCCCCGGUCUGGAGCACGAAUAAAAUAUUCAGAGGUAGUAUGUACAGUAUGUUAAACCCCGGGGCCCGGGAUGAGCUCCAUGGUGUCGCCUACAACCUGUGAAACCAUUUCCGUGAAGAAGGCUUGGAGGUUGGAGUUCUGUGAAACCAUUUCUGUGAGGAAGGCUUGGAGGUUGGAGUUC